AUGGCUGCGGCAUUAGUAUUAUUAUUUGAGAAUGACAGAGCGAUGCGACGAGAGAGAGUUUUUCGCGAUAGGUUGAACAUUCUAGGUACUCUUACUGACGGCGAAUUGAUAGCAAGGUAUCGAUUUCCGAGGACAACAUCAAAUGAUGAUCUGAACAGAGUCAAAGAUGGAUUUUAUAAAAUAACCAGCUUCCCUAAUGUUGUGGGGUCCAUUGAUGGUACGCUGAUACCUAUCCAAGGAAUGUCUGGGGAAGAAGAACCAAACUUCAUCUGCCGUAAAGGAUUCCCAGCUAUCAAUGUGCAGGGAGUUGUGAAUGCCAAUCUUCGUUUUACCAACAUUGUGGUUAGGUGGCCUUUAGCAACCCAUGACGCUUUCAUUUUAUCAAACUCUGGUCUACCAAAUAUAAUGGAAAACAUGAAUGGUUGGCUCUUGGGAGACUCAGGGUAUUCUUUAAAAAGAUGGUUGUUGACUCCAUUUGGUGCCCCAGGGAAUCCACAGGAAGAGAGAUACAACAAAGCUCACUGCUCUACUAGGAACACUAUGGAGAGAGCCUUUGGAGUGCUUAAGAGCAGGUUCAGGUAUAUUCAUUUUACAGGAGGAUGCCUGCAAUUUAAGCCAGCAAAGAGCAUCAGGAUCAUUGAGUGCUGCUUUAGACUGCACAAUAAAGCCAUCAACGAAAGAAUCCAUUUGGGUGCAGAUGAGCCAGUAGUACACCUGUACAACAACAACAUUGCAUACCAAAGAAGGGAAAAUGAUGGGUUAACAACACGACAAAGACUUCUUCAGAGAUUUUGA